AUGGAUAUAACUGAGCUGAAAGAGAAGUUUAAUACAGUGAAAGGGAGAUAUAACAUCAAAUUUGAACCCAAACCUGAACAGUUUGAAGCUGCAAAAUGUAUCAUCGAAAAAAAAAAUGUUAUUGGAUUGCUCCCAACUGGCUAUGGUAAGACAUUUUGUGCAGUACUUUCAGCAAUGCUAGCAGAUAUAGCAAAUCCUAUCACCUUGGUCAUUUCACCUUUACGGGCACUCAUGGACGAUCAAAUAAAUAGUCUUCAUUACUGGAAUUUCACGGCUGCAAAAAUAGAGCCAGAUAUGGACCCUGAAAUUAUCAAAGGAAUAAAAGAAGGAACAUUCAAUUUUGUGUUUUCUUCCCCAGAAACGGCACUAAAACCAUUUUGGAAAGAUAUUUUUAUGUCAAAUGUGUGGAGGGAAAACACCAUCGCCCUCGUUGUAGAUGAAGUACAUUGUGUGUCAGAGUGGGGUGAGGAUUUCAGAAGAGAUUUCAGAUAUUUGCAUGAACUUCGAUCAGCAAUACACGCCCCUGUUUUAGCUCUAACGGCUACUUCAACUGAAGCGGUAAAGCAAGAUAUAAAGAAAUACCUUCAAAUAGAUGAUGCAGUAAUUAUCGAUAAAUCACCAGACCGUCCUAAUAUAUUCCUUGAUUUCAAAAAGGCCGACUCUACGGAUUUAGAAGAAAAGUUGGAUUGGCUGUUAACUCAUUUACGGGAGAAAAGUUCAGCUGCCAAAAAAAUAAUCGUAUAUUGCCGUAGCAUAGAUAGGGUUGCUGACGUUUUCAUUUUACUCCGACGCAGUUUGGGAAUCGAUGCAUAUGUUGACAAUAUAAAACAUUCCAAUCAUGCGAUAAUUGAAAUGUUCCACAGAAGUAUACACGAGGAGUCAAAAACAAGAAUAAUAAAGAACUUUAAGGAUACUAACUCAAAUUUGCGAUGUUUGAUUGCCACUGUAGCUCUGGGUAUGGGUAUCCAAAUAGAUGAUGUAGACAUAGUUAUGCAUAUUGGAAGUCCAAAAUCUAUACUGAGUUACUGGCAAGAAGCUGGCAGAUGUGCAAGGGACGGUCGACCGGGUUACUCAUUUGUGCUGUACGACAACUUUACUUUGUCAGCAAAGGGUACCAAUAAGGAUAUGAAGUCUAUUGUGGAGGGAGACACUUGCUUCCGGAAGACCAUUUUAAAGUACCUAGGUGAUAAGGCGGACCAUACUGUUUUGGAAAAUGCAUGCGGAGGAGAUUGUGACACAGAAAGAUGUCUAUGCCAUAAAUGUAUGUGUUGCUCACGCUGUCAACAACAAUGCCCGUGUAAGGUAAAGCAGUUUGAUGUAAACAAAUUCGCGGACUUAACUGACGGUCCAACAGACCCAUUAUACUGA